AUGGUUGCGCACCUUAAAGACAGGAAUCAGGAGACAAAGACGGUCUGUCUUGACAAGUUAGCUAAGAUCUCUAGCCAUGCAGAUCUCACCCUUUCUGCACGCAAAGAAAUUUCGAGAAAGGGGCUCGGAUUACAAGAAAAUUGAAUUGUUUUGGCCACACAGCCUGCUGAAGGUCAGUGAUCGAUUACUUAGGGUGCAAUGUAUUAUAAUAAUUUUUAUAUUAAGGACAACUUUUGGUGUUGAAUUGAGAAAGCGUCAAAGUGUUCUUGAUGAAGAAGUUGCAAAGAUGUUGUACCAACAAGUCGAUAAUUAUAUAUUUGACGUCAUAAACAUACUCCGGCUUAAGUUGCUAACCAUUCAAGGACUUCCACAAUUCUCGCCUUAACAACAAUUGUACAACAAAAGCAAAAGAUUACCUACCGCAUAUACUGAUGACCGAGGUCUUGGGUAAUAGUUGCUAGGGAUAAUUUAGAAAGCGAGCUUUUAUGUGAGAGUCACAUAUCCUGGAUUUUUAAAUCUUUCAGGAAGGAAUCGUCAUAGUUGACAGCCCUGGCAUCGGCGAAUCUGCUAUUACAUAUGACAUGGUAAAAGCAUACCUUCCAGGGGCUCUCCUAUUUAUCUACGUUAUCAAUAAAUCAAACGCGGGUGGAAUACAACGAGACAGGGUAAGAGGCGUAAUAUAAUUACCGCCAUCUGGCUGUACGAUGCCAAAAAAUGAGGUGACAGUGAUAAUCAAUUAGUCGGUCGCGUGAACACAUAUAUGUGGCAUUGUUAGAAAUGCUACAAGAAAAUUGUCUGCGGCUUAACGUAUUUGUUUGUUUGAGAGCCCACUAUAAAACCUGCAAAUUUCAAUUCAACUUGGGAAUAGGCAACAAAAGUUUCCCUGUGGAUGUACCCCAUUUAUACAAUUUAUUUCUGAUUGUAUGCUCUGCCUUCAAAAAGUUUAAGAAAAGCAGGGUCUGACACGGUAUGUUGACAUUGGAAUACUAUUUCUGAAGGGUGGCUUAAAGAUUAACAAGAGAGAAAGAGAAAGAGAAAGAGAAAGAUAUAUCAUAGCUACAUUGAUUAGACCACACAAUGACGAAUAGAGGAUAUCAAUUAAUAAACGAACCAUCGUAAUGAAAAUUUUUGAUGAAUUUCCAGUUAUCUGUUAACAAUGCUCCACUGAAGAUCUUUUGCGCUGUCACCUCACUGUCCAAGUACCUCACGUCUCCAGGUGUUGUGCAAAAACUCCCUUCGUGGACGUUGGUUGAUACUCUACGGGCGAUGGAGAAAUGAGAAGUGACCAAAUUUUACAUUCAAGAAUUAACAAAGUGACUUUAAGACUUUCUUGAAGCAUGGGAGGCACAAGUCUUUUCCGGCCCUCCUGGCUCUUUCAGCACAUUCAAUAGCGAUACAGCUAUGUCGUGGAACAACUUGAAAUCCUGGAGAGCUUCGUCAUAGCAGAAGACGUCUGAUCUAGCAAAUGACUGCCUGCCUUCAAAGAAAUUCUCUGUGGCUAGCAAAGUAAUAGGGGUCACAAGUCCUAUUUGGGUUCCAAUUCAAUUGGCGUGGUUGCUUUUGUACUCUGCGUUCCAGUGGUCGGGGUUAUGGCUAUGAAAGAAAAGUUGGAAAAUUGGAAUGAAAUAAGAAAGUGCGAAAACGAAAAAUGUGGCUUCAUGGCAAAAGCUUCUUUGGAAUACCUUUUUGAAGUGGCUGAAGAGCAGAAUCUGAAGUCUCUUGUGGUCGAACAGCUUAAGGAGGCUAGAGUCUGCCCCGAGAAGGUUGCAAAUCGCAUUCCCGAGCUCAUCAAAGCUGACAGAAUAUCGUGCCAGAAACUGCCAAAUGACAACAGCUCACAGAAAGAAAUAGAUGUCUACAGACCGAUAAAUGAAAGAAGUUUUCAAUUAGGGAGAAAAAUGGCCGUUUUUGGCAUUCAGGAAGUAUCCAUCAUGGACGUCAGUUGCGACGAUCUAGAAUUGAGAGCCGAUCGAGUUUUACCUUUCGGUAGUGACGCAUUUACCACUGUCCAUCGAGGGACAUUAAAGAUGCGAAAAGAUGAAUGAAACUCGUUCAAGUGGCUGUGAAAGUGUGGAAUGAAGAACUUGAAAACUCUUAUGCAAGUGACUUUCUUUCCGAAAUAGAGACAUUGAGGUUGGUUUCCUUAAUGCAGUUUUCAUGUAUUCCGCACUGGUUUGUUAUCUCUUUCUAGCCGUUUGUUUAUUUUCUUCUUUCAAUUGUCUUAAAGCCUUUUUGUUUUGUUUUCUCUUUUAUGAAAACAUUUAUCAAAAAGUAAUUUUAUGGGCUUCACGUUUUUUGAUAGUUCACAAUUUUUGAAAGAAGAAUUGAAACAAUGAAAACAAAAUGUAAAAAGAUAACAACAUAAUGAAAUCACAGCGUGACAACAAUUAACUGAUGAAACAAAGAGUGAUAUUGUUUCAAAGACACCAGGUUGAAGGUAAUUCAUGAAUCUCAUUUCUUUUUAGGAAGCUGGAUCAUCCAUUCAACGUUAAGUUCUAUGGUGCUGCACAGAUUAGAGAAGAAGAUCAGCUGAGAGUAACUUUCGUGAUGGAACUCUGCAAGGAAAACUUGAUGGGACGCAUCUUCCAGAAUCAGGACUAUAUACCUGUCCUCAAUACCUGGUGUCGCGAGAAGUGUAAUUCGAUGGGCGAGAGGCAUCGCCAAUGCUCUCGAGUUCAUACACAGUCAGGGCAUCGUUCACAGAUAUUUUAAGUUGGAAAACAUCAGGGUAAGUACGAAAAAUGACACACAAAUGCACAUGGGAAUGGCCCCCUUUUGCCUACUUUGCGUUUAACACCCAGGGAAAAUCUUACGUUUUAAUUUUGCGAUAUUAAGUGGGAGAAGGGGGGAGAUAAAUCGUCACUUUUAAAUUCACUGCUUGAAUUUGUGCAGAUAGUUAUGCAGAAAAGGCCACCUUAUGUUCAAAAUAGUCCAAAUAGAGUUCAGAGUGGCAUAUGAUAAAUACAGCCCAAACAUCCUCUAGCUCUUACAUUUAUACUGCAUUCAAGCGAGAACCGCCGCAGACUCAGCAGAAAAGAGAUACAAAUGAAGCUUUCCAGUAAGCUUUAAAGUGUCUUCUACUUCUGUUUUUUGUUACAUGCAUUAUUUCACAGCUGAAACAUGAAGAUGAUGUCAAGGUCACUAAUGUCAAUGUUUCUAAAGAAGCCAAGAUGACAACAGGAACAUGAAGGAAACUUUUUACAUUGCCUCAGAAGUGAUCAGAUUAAGGUUUUAUGAUAGCAAGGCCGAUAUCUACAGCUUUGGUAUAAUGCCCUAGCAGAUGUGGUAUGGGAAGAGAGCCCUUAUAGAUAAAGAGGGAGACGUUAGAGUGGUUAGUGGUCAGGAUGCUGAACGUAACAGGCAAACGCAAGUCGACCAAGACAGGAAGAAACCCCCGCCUGAAUGGCAAGAUCUAUUGCAAGGUUGCCUGGAUGAAGAAGUAGACAAACGACCAGAUGCGCCAGCAUGUCAUCAGAAGUUGGCCAUGCUCUACUGGGAUACAGCUCCACCCAUUUGAACUCUAAUAAUUUGAAGAGAAUCUCUGAACGAUUUUGAGA